UUGCAGGUCAAGGCCGCUCUGUCAGCAUUGCAAGGAGUAACUGUACUGUUCGUGAUACUUGAUUCAGGACCAAAAUCAAUCUGCGAUUUAUCAGUAGCUUCAUUUAAAGGAGGAGAUGUGGUACUGACUCCAUAUUUAGCAGUCUUUCCGUUCCCAUUUUAUACUAUCAUCAAAAAAAUUGUGCAACUCCCCUCUGUUUUGACAGAAUCUAUACGACAAUGGUUUGAAAUGACAGUAAGGACAAAUUCCGUAUGA